AGUAAUGUCAACUUUAUAAUACUAUAUAUCAACUUAGUGCUACUUUUUAAAAGAUUUUUAAAAAAGUGAUUUAGAUGUGACAUUCUUUUAAAGUUAAUUUUCAUUGAAUUCUUCAUUCAGGACAGUCAAAAAAGUGGUGAAGGUAGCCAGGAUAUGUUCGAGUCCCAGGAGUCUGCACAGCUGGCUCCAGUCAAUGACGGAUCUGGCUGUACUGCACCAUGCAGGGGCUGUGCAGAAAACACAAAGCUGCUACACACAAUUUUGCAAGAGCUGAGGGAACUCAAAGAAGGGUUAAAUGCCAGAAGUGAUGAUUAUAAGAAAUUCGUCAUGGAGAAUUCAGAUAUUGAGGCUCCCUUGCUGGAAUUCUUGAAGACUGCAUUUCCAGUCAAAGUUUUUUUAAACACUGCAGACUUAGAAUUGAAAGCUAAAGUGGUGUCCUUAGUGCACAGACUAGGAAUAAAGGCUGAUAUGCCAGUGAUCAUGCGAAGCGUAAACAAAUAUGCAGCAAGGAAGUUCGUUGACUUCCGAUCACAAACAAAAGUUAAGUUGCUGUCAGGGAAAAAGGACGCUGGAAAUCUGAGUGUUCAGGACCUGGGGAAAGAGUUGUUCCAGAGAUUCUCCCCAGUCCUGAACAAUCAGAUUGAACAGACUACAGUUGUUUUGAGAGCCUUCUGCCAUGAACGAAAGUUAUUCAAGAAAAGGCGAAGUGAGGUUUCCACUUCAAUGGAUUUCUGGUCUGAAUUUAAGACAUUCAGAAGGAUGGUGGAGGAGGACCAGGAUCCAUUGAAGUGGGAAAGGCUGAUGGCCAGGGAAGAAAAGAGGAUUGAGAUAUAUCAAAAGCUCCUCUGUGAGUUUAUAUUUUCAAUGUUACAUUUUUACAAUUAAGAACUGGACAAUUAUACCUAUUAUAUAGUUUUGAAGUCCAAUUCUCUGAGGGAGGGGGGGGGGGUCCAAACAAACUUUGCUAAGUUUAUUACAAUAUAAUUCCAAUGUUAUUUAUUACAAUUGUUUUGAUUGGACAAAAAUAAAGCUGAACAAGAGUUUACACAUCAAUAAAUCCGAAAACGCGAUGUAUUCAUACACGCCUAAAAACAAAUAACAUAGUGCGGGGAAACUAUUCAAAUUUUUGCAAUUGUUAAUAAAGUGAAUGAAUUGGAAUUCAGUUUGUAAGUAAAAUGUCCUGAGUUUACACAUUGAUAAAUUCUUCAAAAAGAAUGUUUAAUCCUAUAUUGACAGUGUAUAUAGACUACUCUUUCAAUUAUUCUUUUAUACAAAAAUAUUUCUAUUUCAGAGAUUAAAAGAAAGAAGAACAAAGAAUAUACAAUGUGCAGUGACCAGAAUAAAAUUUAAAUUACCCUGAUCAAAUGCCUUGAGAUUUGUUCAUGUUAAUCUAUAUUCAUGACUAAAUAAUUUGCAGAUUAUUAGAAUUCACAUCAAUUUUAUAUAUUAUUUAUCUCCUGAUGUAAAAAAUUCAUGUGAAGUUCAUGUGAAUUAUAUGUGAAAUUCACGUGAAUUUCAUGUGAAAAAUCAUGUGAAAUUCAUAUGAAUUUCACGUGAAAUUCAUGUGAAAUAUUUUCAUGUGAAAUUCACGUGAAAUUCAUGUGAAAUUCACGUGAAUUUCACAUGAAAUUUUUCAUGUGAAUUCACAUUUGAUGCUCUUUUUAUGUGAAAUUCACGUGAAAUUUUUAACGUGAAAUUCAUGUGAAUUUCACGUGAAAUUCACGUGAGGCACAUUUACCUGUGUAGAGGAUACAGGCUUCUGAUAAUUGAACAGUUCGUUUUGGUCUCUAGAGAGUCACUCAACGAUUUUCCUUUCACAGACAUUCGAGUCUUCUUAUUGAUAUAUAUCGAUUUUUUUUUUAUUCUAGCAUCGCUGACCUGGCCACGUCAACUGUACGAUGUAAAAUAGGUAGUGACACCAUAACUUUGAAAUAUAUUGAUGUACUAUCAUUGAUAUCAAAAUUAGUAGAUCUUUGAUACACCUUAACAUGUUUUGUUUUUUUUCUAUUUGACCAAUGGCUGACUAGAAACGGUGUGUCACGGUGGGACCACUUGUUUUAUUCAACAGAGAAUGAAGCAUUUGUUUUUUUUUCAAUUCAAAUAUCAAGUCCUUCGUAUACCAAGUUAUGUGAGAUAUAGUGAAAAUUAAUCCAAAUUAUUGAUUUAGGAUUUGAGUAGGAUGAUCGCGUAAGAUGAAAUUCAACGUUAAAUUUAUUUUAAUCAAUAUUGAACAAAUCUUAUUAAUAUCUAUAAAAGUAUGCAAUCUUAAGCUUGACGUUGCAUGGUUAUGAUCAACUUGAAUAAAACUUUCUAAUAGAUACCAGAAUACCACACCCCCUCCCCGACAAAAAUAAAACAGAAAAGGGAGAAUCUAACACGUGACAAAUUGUAUUACUAAAACAAUAGGAGUUUCAGCAAUAAUGUGCUGUUUUACAUCACACCAAUGUAACAUGGGUUAAGAUAUAAGGCUAUCACCAUCAUACUGUUCUAUUGAGAUGUUAAAAAUAAAGGUUUUUUUAUAGAAUUGUGCUAUCUUCAAUACACUACAUAGAAUGUUUUCUUUUUUUAUUUCUAUACUUUAAGAGCUUAAUUACAUGUGUUGAUAUUACAUUAAACACGCAUAUGAAAGGGUAACGGAGUCCGACAUCUCUGAUGUUUGAUAAAAAAAAAGAUAUAUAGUUGUCUAUCUCAUGCACUUCCGUUUGUUCAAUUCUAUCAAUUACACGGGUGGAACCCAUUCCACGAGGAAACAGUUCAGGAUUCACUCAUGUAUGUAGAUAUUAUCACAGUUAAAGUAUAUGAUUUUUUACGUACAUCACAUUCAGUCAAAAAUCUGUGAAUGUAUGAACUAUAUCUGCAUUUGCUUUGCACUAAUGUGGUUAGGCAUUUUUGUAAAACAUUUUAAUUUGCAAACAAAUUUCAGAAAUGCAUAAGAAACGUUAAUAUUCAUUUGUUAGCAACAACAAGGACCCCAAGGCCAUGUGUUGCACUUUCGUUUAAAGGUCAACUGAAACGAAAUAUAACUGUUUCCAUAUUAAGUAUGUAUUUGCUUCAUUUAGAUCGUAUAAAAUGAUUGUGAGGGUUUGUUCGGUUCAUUUUGGUAAUAUAUCCGCGAUACGCGCGGAUAAAGAUAGCGCACCUGUGUCAGAGCAGAAAAUAUUGCGGGAGUUAUGCCCCUUUACACGAACCCGCCAUAUUGAAACUAAAGACGCUAAUCAGCAGGUGAGGUCCGGUAAACGAGUAAAUAUGGUGUUUUGUGCGGUUGCUGACUGCAAGGUUUAAUAUAGACAGAGUAACAAUGUUUAGUUUCCCUACACACAAAAACAAUUGCGGAGUUUGGGUGGGGAAAUUAAAAACAAUGGAUUAAUUAUUGGCCGUCGGAGCACUCUAUUGCGGACUGUUAGGCCUACAUAAUAAGCCGUCCAUCAGCUGUCCAUGGCAUGGUCUUUGCAUGGAAUACUCAAGAAUACAAUGAAAGAAAAAGCCAAUCCCAAUUUUUUUUUUAUUACAAACCGCUACACGUAGCUACAAAGACCUGAAAGGGCCGAAAACGGAAAACAGAUAUGGACUUUCCCCUUCAUAAACAAAACUUCCAGAGCUGUGGAGAAAACAGGGUCGUAAAUUAACCUUCAAUUUGGAGGAGGCAGGAAAUUAGGCGGGGGUCUGGGGGCCGCCCAGGCCCCCAGAUGCUGAGCACAUUUUGUGCACACUGAACACGUUUCGUGCAAAAUCCUUGAUUCUAGGGCCUUCUAAGAUGUUACUUGACUAACUCAUUCUAAAAGAAAGAUUUGGAAUGCUUUUUAAGGGAGGUAUCAUGUUCUUAGUUAUUGGAAACAACAUAAAUUCUAAUGAACUUUAAAUUUUAAUUUUUUUUGGCUCAAAAGUUGGAGGAGGCAGCUGCCUCCUCCGCCUCCAUGUAAUUUACGGCCCUGUUUUUCGAACUUAAGUUUUGAUGUAAAUCAUAUUGGCUUUUCUAUUGACAUUAAUAUAGUAUGACACGAUUUAUUUGUUCUCUAUACGAAUAUCCUCUACCCCCACCCGUCACACAAUUCUUAUUUCAUGCUGAAGAUUAUUUUUAUUACACCCCCCACCCCAUUCCUCAUGCAGUCACACAAGUCAUUCAUAACUGAAGUUUACUUUUAUUAAUUUUUUUAUAUUAGUUUAUAUGAGUUAGAAGUUGAUGACAAUGUCCGAAUCAUUCUUCCCCCACCUCCCCAAUUCCAAGACAAUCAACAAAAACAACCAAUUCCAUUCAAUGUCAUAUAUGAUCCUGCCAUUCAAAAUGAUUAAAUCAUGAAUGGAACAAACACUUAUGAAAUGACUACACACACCGCAUAUGGAAUGAUUGUAAGAUUUGUACUAGAGCCACAAAUGACAUGAAUUGUAUUAUCAAAUUUGUUUUCAAAAAUAUUACAUAUUGGUGUAAAUUUAAUGGAUACUUUGAAUGUUCAUGUAACAUACAUACAUACAUGUACAUACAUAUAUAUACAAGUUAGGUGAAGGAUAUCAAGUAAAUAUCUAUAAAUAUUAUUCUAGAUUAAAUUGAACUUUUGCAAAUGUGUAAAUUAGAAUCAUAGCCAAUGUGCAUGU